AUGGAUACACUACGGUAUUUCCUGUUUGAUGUUUGUGGAGUCACUGCUGGCUGGAAGAUGGAAGACAUAGUAGAUGAAGAAAUCAAAGUAAUCAAAGGCAUGGUGGGGCCUGAAGAUCAUGUCAUUUGUGCACUGUCUGGGGGUGUGGAUUCCACAGUGGCAGCCACUCUUGUUCACAAGGCCAUUGGAGAUAGGCUUCAUUGUGUUUUUGUUGAUAAUGGUUUGUUGAGGUACAAGGAGAGAGAACGGGUAAUGGAAACCUUUGAAAGGGAUCUCCAUUUACCUAUUACUUGUGUUGAUGCUACAGAGCAAUUUCUUAGCAAGUUGAAAGGUGUGGUAGAUCCAGAGAUGAAGAGGAAAAUAAUUGGAAACGAGUUCAUCCGCAUUUUUGAUGCUUUUGCCCAAGAUUUGGAGCAAAUAUUGGGGAAGAGACCUGCUUAUUUAGUUCAAGGAACAUUAUAUCCGGACGUGAUUGAAUCAUGCCCGCCACCUGGGAGUGGAAGAACCCACUCCCACACGAUCAAGAGUCAUCAUAAUGUUGGAGGGCUUCCCAAGGACAUGAAAUUGAAGCUUAUUGAACCACUUAAACUACUAUUUAAGGACGAGGUUCGGGAAUUCGGAAGGAUAUUGGAUGUUCCAGUGACAUUCCUAAAUCGUCACCCGUUCCCCGGGCCUGGUCUUGCUGUGCGGGUUUUGGGCGAUGUUACUGAAGGGAAUGCCUUGGAUAUCCUUCGCCAGGUGGAUGAGAUCUUCAUUCAAUCAAUCAAGGAUGCUGGGAUUUAUGAUUCUAUAUGGCAAGCUUUCGCGGUGUUUUUGCCAAUAAGAUCAGUUGGGGUUCAAGGAGAUCAAAGAACACAUUCUCAUGUUGUUGCACUUAGAGCCGUCACAAGUCAAGAUGGAAUGACUGCAGACUGGUACAAUUUUGAGCACAAGUUCCUCGAUGAUGUCGCAAGAAAGAUUUGCAAUAGUGUUCGUGGCAUAAACCGUGUUGUUCAGGACAUUACAUCGAAGCCUCCAUCAACAAUUGAUGAGAUAUCGCAAGAGUAUGGAAACAAGAUACUGGAGUUAUCGAAGAGAAUCAUAGAGGCAAUGUUGAUUAGUUUAGGAGAAGGUCAUGAGAAGAUUUGUGGGUCUCAAUUCAGUAAGUUCCUUGAAUAUUUAAGGAUGGUUAAACAGCCUAACACCAGAGACUGGAUGAUUAAGAUCGUUUGA